AUGACCACUCGCUUCACUCAAUCCCCCCUACUCGCCAUAACCCGCGCAGCAUUAUUCAGAACCAGGACAACACGCCUUGUAUCCAACUGUCAACCCCAAACACAAACACCCCGCUCAUUCUCCUCCUCAACCUACAAGCAAGCCCCACCCCCAGCAACAAACAUGUCUAGCGCUUUGAUCGAUCUCGCCAAGAACAGGCGCACGAUCUAUAAGCUCGGCAAGAAAAGUCCAGUCUCAGAUUCUAAGAUCGAAGAGCUUGUCAAUGCCGCCAUCUUGCAUGUCCCCAGUGCGUUCAAUACCCAGUCUACGCGGCUAGUCGUACUCCUGCACGAUCAUCACGAUAGACUGUGGGAUAUCGCCAUCGAGGUUUUCGAGGGUCUUGUUAAGACGGGUAAAAUCCCACAGGAGAUUUGGGAAAAGCAGACGUUGCCCAAGUUGCUUGGUUUCAAGGGGGCGUAUGGAACGAUCCUCUUCUAUGAAGACCCAGCACACAUCAAACCCAUGCAGGAGAAAUUCCCUGCAUACAAGGAUAAUUUCCUGCCGUGGGCGGACCACUCCAAUGCUAUGCAUCAAUACUUCCUCUGGACAGGUCUUGAAGCACUCGGCUUCGGUGCAAACCUGCAGCACUAUAGCCCGCUCAUUGACGCUGCUACUGCGAAGCAGUGGGGUCUGCCCAACGAGUGGCGAAAUGUUGCGCAGCUAGUCUUUGGCAGCCCUGAAGCUGCUGCUGGAGAGAAGGUACAGAAGCCUGUUGAGGAGAGGGUGAAGAUUUUUGGGAAGUUAUAG